AUGGCUACAGAACCAUGGUAUAUUAGGCAGCGUGAUACAGAUCUGCUCGGCAAAUUUAAGUUUAUACAGAAUCAAGAAGACGGGCGAUUAAGGGAAGCUACGAACGGCACAGUGAAUUCCCGAUGGUCACUAGGGGCCAGUAUAGAAUCUCGUAACGACGCUAGAAACAGGUACGUGAAUAUAAUGCCGUAUGAAAGAAACCGCGUCCAUCUGAAGACUUUGUCCGGAAAUGAUUACAUCAAUGCUUCGUACGUCAAAGUGGAUGUCCCUGGACAGAGUAUCGAACCAGGAUACUACAUUGCCACACAAGGUCCCACGCGAAAAACGUGGGAGCAGUUUUGGCAGAUGUGUUAUCACAAUUGUCCUUUGGACAACAUUGUCAUUGUCAUGGUUACUCCCCUAGUCGAGUAUAACAGAGAGAAGUGCUAUCAGUACUGGCCUCGCGGUGGUGCGGGCGAUAUGGUUAGAAUCGCUCCACAAUGGCAAAACCCAGGUGGUGCCAGUGACAUGACUCAGUUUCCUUCCGACUUGAAAAUAGAGUUCGUCAAUGUACACAAGGUGAAGGACUAUUAUACGGUCACCGACAUUAAAUUGACACCUGCGGACCCUAGCGUUGGUCCGGUAAAGACAGUACAUCACUUCUACUUCGAUCUUUGGAAGGAUAUGAACAAACCGGAGGAAGUGGUCCCCAUAAUGGAAUUAUGCGCUCAUUCUCAUAGUUUGAAUUCCCGUGGGAACCCUAUUGUUGUGCACUGUUCUGCAGGUGUGGGAAGAACAGGGACAUUCAUUGCUUUAGACCAUCUCAUGCAUGACACAUUGGAUUUUAAAAGUAGUACAAAAAGUACGAGGCAUCCAAUUGAAGCUACGGAGGAGUACAAACGGGAUUUGAUCGAACAGAUCGUGUUACAAUUGCGUUCGCAAAGAAUGAAGAUGGUGCAGACAAAGGAUCAGUUCUUAUUUAUCUACCACGCCGCCAAAUAUCUCAAAAGUCUUUCGGCUAAAUAG